AUGUCUCCUGAUGAGCUGGUGUAUUUGGGAGUUCUUGUUGCCUCCGUUCCUGUUGGGUUUCUCUUCCGUUAUCUUAGUCCCACUGUGAAGCAGCGAGCAGCUCUCCUUCUGGGUCUUCUCAUCACCGUCGUCUUGUGUCACAUCCACACGCUGCACUCUGUGGUGACGGUGAUCGGAACAUGGAUUAUCAUCAAGAGCAGCUGGCGGCACGCCCCAGCUCUGACUCUCAGCUGGACCUUUCUUUAUCUCCUAUUUUUUCGUUUGGUCACUUGGUUUAACCUGCCGCCACCGACACCUUUUGCCAACGCUGUCCAGCUAAUUCUCACACUUAAGAUGGUGAGUCUUGCCAACGAGGUGCACAGCUUCCAUGAGGAGAAGAAAAGAGACGUGAGCGCUUUCUUAAAGUCCCCCAUCAUUGGUGGUCUGACUCAGGAGCCCUCCCUCUAUGACAUUCUGUCCUAUAGUUACUGUUAUGUUGGUAUAAUGACCGGUCCGUUCUUUCGCUUCCAAACGUACGUUGAUUGGCUGAGUCAUCCUAAACCGCUGGCUCUGCCCGGCUGGGAGCCGUGUCUGCAGCGGUUGAAGCCGGUCCCCGUGUACGGAGCUCUGUUUCUGGCCGUUAACGCCUUCUUUCCACUGCCCUACGUCCGCACAGACGAGUUCCUGGAUCAGAACUUUUUCUACAGGUUCUUCUACAUGGUCGCAGUAUUUUUUGUCUUCAGGAUGCGUUUCUACGCAGCGUGGUGUGGAGCUGAGGCGGGCUGUAUCAGCGCAGGUCUGGGCUGUUAUCCAGAAAAGGCGCUUUCUAAACCUGGAGGAGGACCCACCGUCAACUACAGUGCUGAUCCAUCCACUGAAGAGAAAUACGACUUCAAAACCAUCCAGAACAUCGACUGUUACAACACGGACUUCUGUGUGAAGGUUCGACACGGCAUGCGUUACUGGAACAUGACGGUGCAGUGGUGGCUGCAUCACUACAUCUACCCCAAUGCCCCCUUCAAGUCCUACACACUCAGGGCUGGCUGGACCAUGUUCAUCAGCGCCUACUGGCACGGAUUACACGCCGGCUACUACCUCUCCUUCAUGACCAUCCCGCUGUGCAUCGCAGCAGAAUCGGCCAUGGAGGCUUCUGUCAGAAGUAAGCUCGGCCCUCGUGGGCAGAACAUCUUUGACUGGAUUCACUGGUUCCUAAAGAUGAGGGCCUACGACUACAUGUGCAUGGGCUUCGUGCUGCUGAAGGCCACCGACACCAUCAACUACUGGAUGUCCAUCUACUUCAUCGUGCACGUCAUCGCUGUUGGCUGUAUAAUAGUAGGCAAGGCCUUAAAGGGAGGGAAAAGAGAAGGGAGGAAGAGGGAAAAUGAACAGAAAACUGAGGGUGAAAAUAUGAAAAAUGGAGAGAAAACAGACUGAAUGUAGGUAAAGAAAAGAACUUUUAGUACAGACACCCACUGAAGAGGUUUCUUCUGGUGUACAUUCAUGUGCUGUGUGUCGGUGGAGCCAAACGUAUGAGCUCAGUAAAUGUUGCUUUUGUUGUUUGGGUCAAAUCAGUCAUUUUACUCAGCGUGUGCUCGACGUUAUAUUUAGAAAACAAGCCCAAAUGUCAAAUAAGGAGGCAGCUAUGUCAGUCGGUUGUUUUUAAAGACUAGCAGGAGUCGGUUAGCUUCUAAAGUGUUAAAAGACAAAGUGAAAAUAUUGUAAUUGGUCUGCAAAAAGUAAUUGAAGAAUUCCAGCUGAUUGGGACUGAAAUUCAAAAUUUACAACCUCUACUGGAUUGAGUG